AUGGCGACACCAUUCUCCACGCCCAGGUAUCCUGGAGCUCCGCAUCCGACACCCGCGUCGUACAACUCAUCUAGGAGAGUGGCGCGCGCCCCCAUCCUGAACCCAUACGACAAAUUCACCCAGCCAGAGUUUGACUCCUGGAUUGACGACAUAACAGGCGCCCUCAAGCGCGCUCUUGGGAGGGAAGAUCCGCUCGCAGAGUCUGUGACGGUCCCAGACCCGUUCGACGGAGAUGAAGACGUCGCGGAAGACUCGUUCGCAGAAGUCGUAGCCCGGCGCGCGGCGAAGGGUAAGGAGCGCGCCGUAGAUAUGGGAAACAGCGAGGAGCAGCCCAUCAUCAUUCCGUCUGACUCAGAAGAUGAGGAGGACGCUGAGCAGUGGGAAGUCCCUUCCGAAGACGAUGAAGAUCAAGGAAGUGCGCUUAGUGCGGAGGAGGGUUCGGAUGGAGAGGAUGAGGCGGGCCAGCCUUCCGGACAGGUAUUUGAGCUGCUCUCCGACGAAGACGAAGAGGAGGACAGUCGUGACCUCGCCAUCUCGUCGGCACCAGAUAUGCCAGAAAGUGGGGCGUAUGAAGAAGAGGCAGACCACGAAGCAGAAGAUUUUGAGCCAGAGGAUGCCGAUUAUGAAAACGAGGCAAUGUUGUAUGGAGGAGAGCUGCAUGAUCAGGUGACGGUGACACUAAAUGGUUAUACGGUUGAAGACGUUGAUGCAGACAGAGACCUUGAGCUCAGAGAAGAGAUUGAUGCGUUUCCACCGGUCGAUGAGCCAACGCAACCUGUUGAUCUCCCGGACCCGUGGGUAGGUCCGAAGACUUACGCUGAGGACUACUAUUCUGGUGGCGACAUUCCUCCCGAUUUGCGCGAGCAUGCCAGUCCCCAUCUCUUCCCAACGGAAGAGGAUACUGGCGGAGAGGUUGUGGGGCUUGGUGUUCCAACAGCGGAGGAUGUGCACGAGUUAGAUGAGCUGAGAGAGCAUGGCAAACAAAUCGACAUGGCAUCUUUGAAUCAGCUACCCGAAUCGCGGAUUUGCUCUAGCACUUUUGCGGAAGACUUGGAUGCUGAUAUACCCACAAGCGAUCUGCGAACCCAGAUCGUUAAUAACGUCCACGACAUCCUUACAGACGAGGCGCUGACGCCUGAGAAGCAAGAUCCGAUGUCCCAGAGACUAUGCUCGCCGGAAACCGCAGAGACGAGCAUAUCUAUGGUUGAUCCUCACAUCGAUGGUGCAUCGAAGCAGGAUACGCUGGUUGAUUUUAUGGGAGAACCUGAAAAUGAUAACGACGGGGUUCAGAGGCAGGUAUCAUCGAGUUUUACUCGAAAUGUGCACUCGCAUGAAGAUCCAACUCUCUUUGAGUUACAGGAUUCGGCAGAGGAAGACGAAGACACUGACUCUCCGCCCCGUCCAUCUUUCAGCUCACAUGUAGACUGGAACUGGCCACCCGCAUUUGCAUCUGGUCGCAUAGCGACUGGAGCGGGUCAUCUGAGGAUAACGGGCCUUUAUGACGAUGGUGACUCGCCGAAUGAGGUCUACGAAAGUAACGAUGCCAAAAUUGAAGAGGUUGAAAUGUCUGCCCCGAUAGUUGCUCAAAGUGAGACGUCUGUAGAACCGGCACACUUUCCUGAGCUGCCACAAGACGAUUCGAAUGCUCUCCCUAUCUCUGGGAUGGAUGACUCGGGCCAUCAAACGGAGAUUGGUCUUGGUCCUUCCGCUGUUGCGUUUGAACAAGAGCUCUCACUGCUCAUGCAAGAUGGUAGGCCUGCUGUAGCGAAAGAGCUGUUAUUGGAGCGGACUGUGGACCUUUAUGCAGACUUGGAUUCAAUGCCAACAUCCGGAGGCGCACUUGACAUCACCACUGAAAUGGCCAUAGACGAUGACAUUCCUCAGCCUCUGGAGAGUGCCCUUGAUGACAGCUUUUUGGAAGAGUUUCUCGCUUCACCCGAAGGGCCACCCAAUCUGACACUCGAUGACGACCCUGCAGCUGCGUCCGCAGAUCUAUUGAAACUUAUGAGAGACGGGCGAACAGAAAUUAGGGCGGGAGACGAGAUCGAUUUUAAUGAUUCUGCGAGUAUCGCCAGUUCAUCCGCGGAGGACAAGCAGGUAUUGCCCAAGGUCGAGCUUCUGGUUGAGAAGACUGGGUGUAUGAAGACUUGCCUCUCUCAUGAAAUGAUACCUGAUACGGACGAUACCGCUGGGCUGGACGACGAGGUGAGGGCAGACGAUGAGCAGAUUGGUGUAGAUGCAGUACCGGUGGGAGACACAAUUGAUGUUGUAUCUGUCUUGAGCGAAGAAGUCGCUGAAAUCACCGAAUACGAGGUUGAGGAACCCGUUACUGAAGGCAGACGGACGGCGGAACCUGAUUGUGCUGGUUCAUCGCGCUUUUCUAGCCCAUAUGUCAUCAUGGACGACCGGGAGGGCUCGGUCAAGGCUAAUGUUGUUGAAUACAUCGUUACGGAGCCUGACGCUCCUAUUUCUGCUGUUCCCUCGCAAGUUGGCGAUCUGGAAGACAUUGCCGCUGAUGAUUUGUCUGAGUCAACACCUAAUGUCCCGGUGGCAGAGGUAAAUAUGGAUGGAUCCACCGAACAGACAACUAACGCACAAAUGGCUGAAGGAGUUUGUGGGCGGAGUAUCAUGGCCGACUCAACUUUGUUACCGCCCCACGUCGUUGAGGAUAUCGUAUCACCCUUCUCUCUAUCUCCUAGUAGAGCGACUGCUGAACGUUUCGCUAAGAACAUCAACUCCCUUCAGAAUGCUGAGCAACCAAACAAGAUGGUAACUGGUACACAGCAUGCAUCGUCAGAAGCAGCAAGCGGUGCAGAGAUGCAUCCUAUGCUAGCCGACGGUGUUCCAAUGCCCAUUUCUGCGGAUCCGACAGUGCCGGACCCUGCUAGCGUCGAGCACACACCGGCUCCCGCAGAACUCGAAGCGACUCCGCAAUUGCCAGCGGCCACCAAUGCCUCUACUCGGGCAUCUUCUAUAACAUCCGAUGGGCCGUCCCGUGGCAAGAGCCUCAGUGGGCUGUUCACCCCACUGACAGCUGAGAAUUCCCUUCUAGAUUCCCCCAAAGCACGUUUACUGGAUAUUGGCGAGGACAAGUUCGCCGAAUCUCCGCUUAAGCAGUCUGUUACAGCUGAGGCUCUCGCCGCCGCUGAAGAAACUUCCCUGCCUGAAGAUUACAGUGGCCAUAAGAGGAAUAUGGUCGUCGCACAGGAUCCGAAUGACGAACAAGCUGCAUCUCCCUUCCUCACUCCACAAGAUGCAGGUCCUCAGGAUGCCCAGCAACAUGACAUCGACGAGCUGAUUUUAGAAUAUCCUUCGGAUUCGGAAACAGUUGGCAAUCUUGUUCAAUUUCAGUCACAACCUGGUGGAAACGACCCUUUCGUCGAUGUGCAUGAUGGUGCAGAUGACAUCGAUGCGGAAGGGGACGUGGAUCCAGAAUAUGCACAUAUGGCAGAACCUACUCUCAUCGAGACAAGGCCGCAAGGUGAUCUACCUGAUAGUAUUAAUGAAUUGGGGCCGCAGGACAACGCUGCGCUGGCCGCGCCUACCACUGAGGAAGCAUACGUAGAGGAUAGUGAUGUGGCAAGCACACCGAGAGCAUCCCCAGGUCCGCCCAUCGCACCUGACGUCGACGACGCGUCCGCUGAGGUUAAGGGCACGAGGGCCAAAGAGCCAGCGACACUCGAGAGUCCACCGCUUGAGAAGACUGCCAAGCAAGACGAUGUUAUCGCCCCUGCCCCAGAAUCACCGAGACCGCUCAAGCGAAAGCGCAUGUCACCCGUUCUGCCUCCUCGACUGACUCGUUCAAUGUCUGCGAUGCACAAUGCGGGGCGCGGUCUCAGCCGUCUUGAUGUGGGGAACGGAAAGGGCAAAAGCCGCGAAAAUGAUCACAGUGAUGAUGAGAACGAUGCCCCUGUCUCUGCUAGCAAUGCUGGUGAUCGUCGGUCAGUUCGUUCCAGUCACGAAAGCUCCCGCGCGUCCUCCGUCGCAUCGGCGGCAACAAGCAACGAAUCCCUCAUCGUCCCUCCAUCUCCUACUACUACACGAACAGACCAGCAGCAUCACACCCUUCCAGCGCCAUUUAUUCAUUCCAGCGGGAUACUGCAUCACCACCACGGCCGGCCGUUGCAUUUGCAGUUCCAGCCUCAGCCCCCCAUUGAGCGCAAGCGAGCGCCAUCGCCAUCGCUCCCAGCACCGAGGGCCGCGGAUGCGAGUGCAGAGGAACCCGCCCCUGGUCCGUCCCAGCCGGUGACCCCGCGCAAAAUGCUGGCAUCAUCGCCCGUAACGCGUUCAAACUGCCGCUUCCACAAGAUCAGCCUUCCGCGUGAAGAAGACGGGCCGCGUGUCUUUUUCCUUGUCCCAGGUUGCUCGCUUGGCAAUGGCGAGCUCAUGGAAGAGGAGAGCAUCCAAGAUCACGGGCCCGCAAUACUCGACAAGGACACGCGAUUAGUUAGCAACAUUGAAAAGUUGGACUUCAGCCCAUACCUCCUCAGCGUGCUACGCCAGCUUGUUAGUGUGGAUCUCCUCAGGGAGCAGGAAAUAUUCUUCUGGCCCCAACCUGGGGAUAAGUAUCAGUGGAAAUCGAGGAGGAAGUCCAAGGUUACGAAGGCGACGAUUCCGACGCUAUCGGCGGCUUCGCGUAAAUCCACUGGGGCGCGCAAUUUGCCAAGAGCAGCGUCGGUCGCACUUUCGGAUACGGGGCGAUCGGCAGGGCGCGCACCCUCGUCGCGAGCUGGGUCUGUCUCUACUGUUGGUUCCAGUCGAAGAAAGAGCCGUUUGUCGGAUGGAGGCAGUCUGACUACCACCGCGUCAAUGUCCGCGAGCGAACUGAGCGACUUAAGCGAUGUCGAGGAACCUCCGGUGAAGAAGCAGAAGGAGGAAGCUCUCCCAAAUCAAACUGUCCAGAUUGAAUCUGACGUAGCAGCGUCAGUCUUGAAGGCUUCCGCUGUAGCCUCUCGUCGGCUUGCAUCAAGAAAGAGUCAGCGGCUGAGUGCUGAUGCGUCUGCUUAUAAACCUGGCGACGAUAAAAACGAAGAAUCUACCGACGAUGAGCAGACGCGCGGCAAGCGGAGAAGAAGCACGCGGAAAACAACAAAGCGAACCAGAGCGAACGACGACGAUGGUUCUCAGUCCGUGAGUGCACCACCUAAGAAGAGGCGAGCUCGAGAGAAAGAUUCAAGCCAGGUUCAGAAGGACGAAGAUACUCCGGCAUCGUAG